GAGCAGCUGGGUGGAUCUGUUUUGGGGUGUUGGAGGUUUCCUGGAGCUUCUGGAGCUGUCGCUGUGAUUUCUUGCGUCUUUUCCCCGUCGAUCGGCACCGAUUUCCCGCGCGCCCGCCGCAGCCAUGCCCGGGAUAGAGAAGCUGCCGAUAGAGGAGACUCUGGAGGACAGCCCGCAGACCCGCUCCCUGCUGGGAGUGUUUGAGGAGGACACUGCAGCCGUCUCCAACUACUGUACACAGCUCUAUCAGGCAAUGCAGAGGAUUUAUGACGCGCAGAACGAGCUCAGUGCUGCCACACACCUGACCUCCAGGCUGCUGAAAGAGUACGACAAACAGCGUUUUCCUCUAGGGGGCGAUGAUGAGGUGAUGAGCUCCACCCUGCAGCAGUUUGCAACAGUCAUCGAUGAGUUGAGCUCCUGUCACGCUGUCUUGUCCACCCAACUCGCAGACGCCAUGAUGUUUCCCAUCACUCAGUUCAAAGAAAGAGACCUGAAGGAGAUCCUCACUCUGAAAGAAGUCUUCCAGAUAUCCAGUGAUGAUCAUGACACAGCCAAUAAUCGAUACAGCCGCCUGUCCAAGAAGAGGGACAAUGACAAGAUGCGGGCCGAGGUCGUGGAGGACGUCUACACUUCCCGCAAGAAACAGCACCAGACCAUGAUGCACUACUUCUGCUCACUGAACACAUUACAGUACAAGAAGAAAACGGCCCUGCUGGAGCCUCUGCUGGGCUACAUGCAGGCCCAGAUCAGUUUCUUCAAGCUGGGGUCAGAAAAUCUCACCCAGCAGUGGGAAGACUUCCUGGGAACCAUAGGAACCAGCGUCCAGAAUGUCCGUCGGGAGAUGGAGGCGGAGGUGGGGCAGAUGCAGCAGACCAUCCAGCAGAUAGAGACAUCAUGUGACACCCUGUAUGCGCCAUGUGACCCUGACCCCGCCCUCUCACCUGUCUGUCGCAACCUGACCAGGAAACAGGGCUACCUGUACAUCCGCAAUAAAACAGGUCUGGUGUCUUCAUCCUGGGAGCGACAGUACUUCUUCACGCAGGGGGGUAACCUGAUGCAGCAGGGCCGUGGAGAGGUGGCGGGGGGGCUGCUCACAGACCUGGACAACAGCUCCGUCAUGGCAGUCGACAGCGACGACCGCCGCUUCUGCUUCCAGGUCACAUCCUUCGAUGGCAAGAAAGUGGUGACGCUGCAGUCGGAGACCAGGAAGGACUGUGAGGAGUGGAUCUCCACCAUAAACAACAUCUCCAAGAGGAUCUACCUGAGUGAGAACGCAGAGGAGCUGGCAGCCAGAGUGAACCAAUCAGCUAUUGAGGCUGUGACGCCCUCACCGUCCUUCCAGCAGAGACACGAGAGCAUGAGACCCAGCAGUAAAGGACGCGUGGGCCGAGCGAGCAGUAUCAGCUCGGUGGGGUCCGAGCCGUCGCCCGCUCUCUCUGUUCUCUCAUUGGACGCGCUGGUUGCACCGGAAACGCCCAUCCAGUUUGACAUCAUCUCCCCCGUCAGCGAAGAAAUCUCAGGGCAGAGCAAGACGGCAGCACAGUCCGGCAGAAGGAGUAAUCCGUUCGGAGAGUCUGGAGACAGCACAUCAGAAGAGAGUGAAGAGUCGAUCCUCCACCAGCUCUUCAUCGUCCGCUUCCUGGGCUCCAUGGAGGUGAGGACGCCCGAGUCCCCCGACGUCAUCUCUGAGACCAUGAGACAGAUCCUGGCUGCCAGAGCCAUCCACAACAUCUUCAGGAUGACGGAGUCCCACCUGCUGGUGACCUGCGACUGCCUCAAGCUUAUCGAUCCUCAGACACAAAUCACUCGACUCAGGUUCCCUCUGUCCAGCGUGCUCCAGUGUUCGUCCCAUCAGGACAACAAGAGGCUGUUUGGUUUCGUCUUGCAGCCGGCGAGUGAGAGUGGAGACAGCCGAGCCGUCGGCUACAUUUUUGAGUCCAACAACGACGGAGAGAAGAUCUGUGACAGUGUCGGUCUGGCCAAGCAGAUCGCCUUCCACUCCGAGAUGGACCGAAAGGCGGUGGAGAAGAGGAAGGAGCAGGACAAGGCCAAAGAGAAACAGCAGGAGGAACUCAGCAAACAGAGACAGAUAGAGAAGGAUCUGGAGGAGCAGAGUCGUCUGAUCGCGGCCUCGAGUCGUCCUGCCAACCCGCCCGCCGCUGACGGACAGUUUCUAGUGCUCAGCAACAGCCCGUCAGAGGAGGGUGACGCUGGGGACGAGGGGAAGAAGACGGGCGAGUCGGAGGCCUGAUGACACGGAGGCAUGUUUUACUUCCCAGGCAGGUCCCAGCUGGUUCUGUCGAAACAGCAGCUCAGGAAUCAGAGGAGGGGAACGCCACCCGCCCACCCCGGCUGCCUGGGACUGGAAAACAUGUGCUCCCUCUAAUGGACUCCCAUAUUUGUGAUGGACCCCAUCACUCUGAAAAUAGAGAACAAACUGAACACACCCUCACUAUAUGGGGAGGAGGAGGAAGAGCAGGAGGAGGAGGAGGAGCAGGAGGAGCAGGAGGAUUGGACGAAGAAACUCCUCAUAACGUGUUUUAUUCUGUGUGUAAAAACGCUUUUAUAUCGGCUCCGCUCUCCAGAAAAGAACAAAAAAUAUAGAUUAACCUGUAAGUUUCUGUUUUAUAUGAUUAUUUUAUAAAGAAAAAAGCUAAAAAUACUGACAGAGGAGAAAUAACCAGGAUCUGACUCCGGAGAAAACGCAGAAGUUGAAUUCAGACAGUGUCAGCUCUUGCUCAAGGGCACUUUGGCCAGCUCGGCUCAGACAUGUAAUGUUCUAAAACAAGAAGAGGAGGAGACAGAGUCAGAGAGAGAGAAGGGACUCUUAUUUUGAAGAGUCCUUCCGGUUGAGAAGACAUCCUGUGAUCUUCAUUCAUUUCCCUCCAGGGUGAAAAAUAACGUCUGAACGUCACCGAUUAAUGGUCAAGUAAAAAUAGAUGGAACGGUUUAACCCUCUUGUUGAGAGCUGGGUGAGUUUCCUUCUCUGUUGUAAUAAAUUCAAUAUUUUCGGCUUUUGGACCGUUUCUAAAAAACGAAUCUGUUGGUUAAUAGAAUGAAUGAGACUUUUAAACAGGUGGCGGAACUCUUCUCCUUCUUCUCGACCCCUGUUCGAGUCUCUUCCUGGUUUCCUUAAAUACGGAUAUUUAUAUAAACCCCAAUCGUUUACUGUGGACCACCCAACUCAAGCAAGUGCUCAUCGUUUCCUCAGAUAAACUAAAACUGCAUCUAGGUAAAAAAAUUUGUUUGAAUUUGUUUGAAAAGAUUAUUUCUGAUUCUCCUGUUUUUCGACGGUUUGCCGAAUAGAUUUUCUCUCUUUAGAAAUACCUAAAGUUUGGGCCUAACAGUUUCAUUGGAUUCAUUCACUAAACUGAAGCACGUGUCCUUCAUCACUCUCUUCUGUCGUGAGUUUCUCCUGGUGUCACGAUAUCUACCUGUGCUUUCACACGUGUGUACCUGGGUCGUUGCUUUGGGGCCUGUUGCGCUUUCCAUUGGUUUUUUCUUCAUUAAUCAGCCCCCCCCCCCCCCCCCCCGAGUGGCUCUCAGCGACCCGAGUGAGCUGCAGAAGAUGGAGCUUCGGUCCACAGGUCUUUGACUUUGCAUGAACGAUGGACGAACCUCCUCAGUCGGCUGUGGGGAUGUUAACAAGCUGAAAACAAAAGUUACUAAUGAAGAGUUGAUUUCUCUGUUGUCUUGUGGGAGGAAGUUACCUCGUGUUGGUGGAGCUGCACUUUAACAACUGACACAUCACGACAGGAUGGACGGUGUUGAACUGUAAAUAUGUGAUCGAUGUUCUAGUGUCAUGGUUAAUAAAAAGGCUUUUCAGUGAUAAUUAAAACACUAACUCCA